UUUAUUUUAUUUUAACUCAGGUCAUAAACAUUACAGCUAGUUUAAUCUGCCCGUGGAAGGGAAGUAGUAGCGUAUUACCCCGGGACCAUCUUGCGUCCUGCUUUUAAUUUUGAGUUCCUAGUAUCCUCGAAUUCUCGGCAUAUUAAUUUAGUUUGGCAUGUAGACUUCCACCGAAUUCUGAGUUUACGGGCACAAAACUUUGGGUGAAGGUGGUUAACCUAUGCUCCCUAUUCUCCAGUUUAACUUUUUUUUUUUUAAUUAAGUUUUCAAUCCUGUUUCCUGCCCUCUUUUCCUUUAAAAGCAAAACAAAACAUUUAAGUUUCUUAACUUUUUCCUGGGAAUGAACGGUGCAAACUUAAAGCUACAGUAUUCUUGGAAGGAAGAAGCAAUCCCCUCCCUUGGCUCCUUUAGGAGCUAAUAGGUCAUUUAUUUGGAACUGAAAUGGUAUAAACAAUUCUCUCUCUUUUUUCCCUUGUUAACAGCAACUUUCAUUGUUAGAGAGAGAGGAGAGAGAGAAGCCUUGUUGGUUGACGUCACUUGGUUCAUGAAGCCUUCGCCUAGAAGUGAAGCUGCUGAACAAACCUUGAGAAGAAUCAUCUCCUGCUUCAAUCUGCUGCUGGAUAGGAACUAAUCAGAGAGAGAGAGGCGGAAGACGGAGAAGGAAGGAGUCAAAGGCUUCCCCGAUCACAAAUCUCACCUCCACUCCAACUCUCUUUAUACUUUUCUUGCAGAAAUAGUAAUAAGGAGGUGGUGGGCUUUCCAAAAACAAAAAAUCGUAACCUUCAGCCGUCUGGGGGAGGCAAAAACCCCAUCCACCGCAACUCUCAGUUCGAAAGUAAAGAUUUCUCAACAGUGAUGUCACAAGAUUGACCACGUUGAUUACAAUAAUGGAGUCUGGAGAACGGUUAUCAUCCUCAACAGCCUCCUCUACUACACCAACUUCAUCUUCUACACCUCCUGUGGCUUCAGCAGUUUCAAAAGGCGGCCUUUCCACUGGAGUUGCUUCACUUAGCUCUACAAUCAACCCAUGUGGACAUUUAUUCAGAGCAGCUGGGGAUCAACCGUUCAACCUGUCCACAGUGUCGAGUGCCUUCCCAAUGGUCAGCCCCCCAGUCUUUGGUCUACAUUCAGCCAGCUCAGGGCAUUCAGAAUUUGGUGGCUUGGGAACACUUGGUACACCCACAGCCUUAGCCGCACAUCCCCAACUAGCAUCUUUUCCAGGUGCAGAAUGGUGGCGAACAGCAGAUGUUCCUACUCGUACAGGAGCAACCUUCUUUCCACCAUUACUGGGAAUUCCACCACUGUUUGCUCCUCCAGCCCAGAAUCAUGAUUCUUCUUCAUUCCAUUCAAGGACUUCAGGAAAAAGUAAUCGAAAUGGUCCUGAAAAAGGUGUAAAUGGGUCAAUAAAUGGAAACAGUACAUCAUCUGUAUCUGGUAUCAGCACAUCUGUACUAUCUACUACUGCUUCAGGUUCUACUGGACAAACUAAAACUAUAAGCUCAGGUGGAGGAAAUCGAAAAUGUAACCAGGAACAAAGCAAAAACCAGCCUUUGGAUCCUAGAGCUGACAAAAUCAAAGAUAAGAAACCAAGGAAGAAAACUAUGGAAAGUUCUAGCAACAGUGAUAGUGAUUCAGGCACAUCAUCAGACACCUCAAGUGAAGGCAUUAGUAGUAGUGAUUCAGAUGACUUAGAGGAAGAUGAAGAGGAAGAAGAUCAAAGUCUUGAAGAAAGUGAAGAUGAUGAUUCUGAUUCAGAGAGUGAAGCACAACACAAAAGUAACAACCAGGUGCUAUUACAUGGUAUUUCAGACCCAAAAGCAGAUGGACAGAAAGCAACUGAAAAAGCCCAGGAAAAAAGAAUACACCAGCCAUUACCUCUUGUGUCUGAAUCCCAGACUCACUCAUCAUUCCAAUCCCAGCAGAAGCAGCCUCAGGUUUUGUCACAGCAGCUUCCAUUUAUUUUCCAAAGCUCUCAGGCAAAGGAGGAAUCUGUGAACAAACACACCAGUGUAAUACAGUCUACGGGAUUGGUGUCCAAUGUGAAACCUUUAUCUUUGGUAAAUCAAGCCAAAAAGGAAACUUACAUGAAACUCAUAGUUCCUUCUCCUGAUGUACUUAAAGCAGGGAAUAAAAAUACCUCUGAAGAAUCUAGUCCUUUGACCAGUGAAUUGCGAUCCAAACGGGAACAAUAUAAACAGACAUUCCCAGCACAGUUGAAGAAACAGGAGUCAUCUAGAAGCCUGAAGAAAGUUAUUUCAGCUUUGUCAAAUCCAAAAGCAACCUCUAGUUCACCAGCACAUCCAAAACAAACAUUAGAAAAUAACCACCCUAAUCCGUUCUUGACAAAUGCACUUUUAGGUAAUCACCAACCAAAUGGAGUUAUUCAAAGUGUCAUUCAAGAAGCUCCUCUUGCACUUACUACCAAAACUAAAAUACAGAGUAGGAUUAAUGAAAACAUUGCUACUGCAAGCAGCACCCCUUUUUCCUCACCUGUAAAUUUGAGCACAAGUGGGAGAAGAACCCCUGGCAAUCAGACACCUGUAAUGCCCUCUGCCUCUCCCAUACUGCAUAGUCAAGGGAAGGAAAAAGCAGUUAGCAAUAAUGUAAACACACUACAAACACAGCAUCACCCUCAUCCUGCAAAAUCCUUAGUGGAACAGUUUAGAGGAACAGAUUCAGACAUUCCCAGUAGUAAAGAUUCUGAAGAUUCAAAUGAGGAUGAAGAAGAAGAUGAAGAAGAAGAUGAGGAAGAUGAUGAAGAUGAUGAAUCUGAUGACAGCCAAUCAGAAUCAGAUAGUAAUUCAGAAUCAGAUACAGAAGGAUCAGAAGAAGAAGAUGAUGAUGAUGAUAAAGACCAAGAUGAAUCAGAUAGUGAUACUGAAGGAGAGAAAACUUCCAUGAAACUGAAUAAAACUGCUUCCUCUGUCAAAAGCCCUUCCAUGAGUCUCUCAGCCCACUCAACACCUCGUAACCUUCACAUAGCAAAAGCCCCAGGCUCUGCUCCUGCUGCCUUAUGUUCUGAAUCCCAGUCACCUGCUUUUCUUGGCACACCUUCUUCCACACUUACUUCAAGUCCACACUCUGGCACUUCCAAAAGAAGAAGAGUAACAGAUGAACGUGAACUACGUAUUCCUUUGGAAUAUGGCUGGCAAAGAGAGACAAGAAUAAGAAACUUUGGAGGGCGCCUUCAAGGAGAAGUAGCAUAUUAUGCUCCAUGUGGAAAGAAACUUAGGCAGUACCCUGAAGUAAUAAAGUAUCUCAGCAGAAAUGGAAUAAUGGAUAUCUCAAGGGACAAUUUCAGCUUCAGUGCAAAAAUAAGAGUGGGUGACUUCUAUGAAGCCAGAGAUGGACCGCAGGGAAUGCAGUGGUGUCUUUUGAAAGAAGAGGAUGUCAUUCCCCGUAUCAGGGCAAUGGAAGGUCGUAGAGGAAGACCACCAAAUCCAGAUAGACAGCGAGCAAGAGAGGAGUCCAGAAUGAGACGUCGGAAAGGUCGACCUCCAAAUGUUGGCAAUGCUGAAUUUGUAGAUAACACAGAUGCCAAAUUGCUACGAAAACUGCAAGCUCAAGAAAUAGCCAGGCAAGCAGCGCAAAUAAAACUUUUGCGAAAACUUCAAAAACAGGAACAGGCUCGGGUUGCCAAAGAAGCUAAAAAACAGCAAGCAAUAAUGGCUGCUGAGGAGAAGCGAAAACAAAAAGAACAGAUAAAGAUUAUGAAACAGCAGGAAAAAAUUAAGAGAAUACAACAAAUCAGAAUGGAGAAAGAACUUCGAGCCCAGCAAAUUCUAGAGGCUAAAAAGAAAAAGAAGGAAGAAGCAGCAAAUGCCAAAUUAUUGGAGGCCGAGAAACGAAUAAAGGAAAAAGAGAUGAGACGACAACAAGCUGUUCUUCUGAAGCAUCAGGAGUUGGAGAGGCAUAGACUAGAUAUGGAACGAGAGAGAAGGCGACAACAUAUGAUGCUUAUGAAAGCUAUGGAAGCUCGUAAAAAAGCAGAAGAAAAGGAACGGUUGAAGCAAGAAAAACGUGAUGAGAAAAGAUUAAAUAAGGAACGUAAACUAGAGCAAAGAAGAUUAGAGUUAGAAAUGGCAAAGGAACUAAAGAAGCCUAAUGAAGACAUGUGCUUAGCAGACCAAAAGCCUUUGCCAGAGUUGCCUCGUAUUCCAGGACUUGUUCUCUCUGGAAGUACAUUUUCAGACUGUCUCAUGGUGGUGCAGUUCUUACGAAACUUUGGUAAAGUUUUGGGCUUUGAUGUGAAUAUUGAUGUUCCAAACCUGAGUGUUCUUCAAGAGGGAUUGCUAAAUAUAGGGGACAGCAUGGGUGAAGUACAAGACUUGCUUGUGAGGCUCCUCUCAGCUGCUGUAUGUGAUCCAGGUCUAAUUACAGGAUACAAGGCGAAAACAGCUCUUGGAGAGCAUUUGCUGAAUGUUGGUGUGAAUCGAGACAAUGUUUCCGAGAUUUUGCAGAUUUUCAUGGAAGCACACUGUGGACAAACUGAGCUUACUGAAAGCCUGAAGACCAAAGCUUUUCAGGCGCACACUCCAGAGCAGAAAGCUUCAGUCCUGGCUUUCCUGAUCAAUGAACUAGCGUGCAGCAAGAGUGUGGUGAGUGAAAUCGACAAGAACAUUGAUUAUAUGUCAAACUUGAGGAGAGAUAAGUGGGUGGUAGAAGGUAAACUUCGCAAGCUCAGGAUCAUUCAUGCUAAGAAAACAGGGAAAAGAGACACUUCAGGUGGCACUGAUCUUGGGGAAGAACAGCAUCCCUUGGGCACACCCACCCCAGGACGGAAGCGAAGAAGAAAGGGAGGAGACAGUGAUUAUGAUGACGAUGAUGACGAUGAUAGUGAUGAACAAGCUGAUGAAGAUGAUGAGGAUGAAGAAGAUAAAGAAGAUAAAAAAGGAAAGAAGGCUGAUGUCUGUGAAGACGAGGAUGAAGGUGAUCAAGCAGCAAGUGUUGAAGAGCUAGAAAAACAGAUUGAAAAACUGAGUAAACAACAGAGUCAAUACAGACGGAAGCUCUUUGACGCUUCUCACUCUUUACGUUCGAUGAUGUUUGGCCAAGAUCGUUAUAGACGCCGAUACUGGAUUCUUCCUCAGUGUGGGGGCAUUUUUGUAGAAGGCAUGGAGAGUGGAGAAGGACUGGAAGAAAUUGCAAAAGAAAGAGAAAAACUAAAAAAGGCAGAAAGUAUCCAGAUCAAAGAAGAAAUGUUUGAGACUUCUGGGGACAUUUUAAAUUGUUUAAAUACAGAUCACUGUGAACAAAAGGAAGAUCUUAAAGAAAAAGACAACACAAAUCUAUUUCUUCAAAAACCUGGCUCUUUCUCCAAAUUAAGCAAGCUUUUAGAAGUAGCUAAGAUGCCCCCUGAGUCAGAUUCUAUGACACCCAAACCAAAUGGUAGUGCAAAUGGGUGCACUAUGUCUUAUCAGAACAGUGGGAAACAUUCACUGGGCAGCCUUCAGUCAACAGCAACACAAAGCAACGUGGAAAAGACAGACUCUAAUAAUCUGUUUAGUCCUGGUUCAGGUGGUCCAGGAAAGUUCUAUAGUCCUCUCCCCAGUGACCAGUUGUUAAAAACGCUGACUGAAAAGAACAGACAGUGGUUUAGCCUUUUGCCAAGAACACCUUGUGAUGACACUUCACUUACCCAUGCUGAUGUGUCAGCUGCAUCUUUAGUGGCUCCUCAGUCUCAGCCACCACCUAAGUCACCUUCACCUGCCCCAGCUCCUCUUCUUGGAUCAUCUUCCUCUCAGAAUCCUAUUGGCCUAAAUCCAUUUGCUUUAUCACCUCUUCAGAUAAAAAGUGGCGUAUCUAUGAUGGGACUUCAGUUUUGUGGGUGGCCCACAGGUGUACUUACUUCCAAUAUUCCAUUUACAUCAUCACCUUUACCUAAUCUGGGAUCAGGGUUGGGAUUAUCGGAAGGAAAUGGUAAUUCAUUCUUGACUCCCAAUGCUGCUUCAAGUAAAAGUGAAUCUCCAGUGCCACAAAAUGAAAAAGUUUCUUCAACUCAACCUGCAGCCAUUGAAGUAGUGAAACCAGUAGAUUUUCUUAGUCCAAAACCUAUUCCUGAAGAAAUGCAGUUUGGUUGGUGGAGGAUUAUUGACCCUGAGGACCUAAAAGCUUUGCUCAAAGUGCUACAUCUCAGAGGAAUAAGAGAAAAGGCAUUACAAAAACAAAUUCAGAAACACUUGGAUUAUAUUACUCAAGCCUGCAUCAAGAAUAAGGAUGUUGCUAUUAUUGAAUUAAAUGAAAAUGAAGAAAACCAGGUAACUCGAGAUAUUGUGGAGAACUGGUCAGUAGAAGAACAAGCGAUGGAAAUGGACUUGAGUAUUCUUCAACAGGUAGAAGAUCUAGAAAGGAGAGUUGCAUCAGCAAGUUUGCAAGUAAAGGGUUGGAUGUGUCCAGAGCCUGCAUCAGAAAGGGAGGACUUGGUAUAUUUUGAACAUAAGUCAUUUACUAAAUUGUGCAAGGAGCAUGAUGGUGAAUUUACUGGCAAAGAAGAAAGCAGUGCACAUGCACUAGAACGGCAGAGUGACAACCCCCUAGAUAUAGCUGUAACCAGGCUGGCUGAUUUGGAGCGGAACAUUGAAAGAAGGUAUCUGAAGAGCCCCUUAAGUACCACCAUUCAGAUCAAACUGGAUAAUGUGGGCACAGUUACUGUCCCUGCUCCUGCACCAUCCAUUAGUGGUGAUGGUGACGGAAUUGAAGAGGAUAUUGCUCCAGGGCUCAGGGUCUGGAGAAGGGCAUUAUCAGAAGCUCGCAGUGCUGCACAGGUAGCUCUGUGCAUUCAGCAAUUACAGAAAUCAAUAGCAUGGGAAAAAUCAAUUAUGAAAGUUUAUUGCCAGAUCUGUCGAAAGGGAGAUAAUGAAGAGCUGCUUCUUCUCUGUGAUGGCUGUGACAAAGGCUGUCAUACAUACUGCCAUAGACCCAAGAUCACUACUAUACCAGAUGGGGACUGGUUUUGUCCAGCUUGCAUUGCUAAGGCAAGUGGUCAAACUCUAAAAAUCAAAAAACUUCAUGUCAAAGGAAAAAAGGCAAAUGAGCCAAAGAAAGGCAAGAAAGUACCUUUAGCAGGUGAUACUGAAGAUGAAGACUCUGCAUCUACAAGCAGUUCCCUAAAAAGAGGAAACAAAGACCUCAAAAAAAGAAAAAUGGAGGAAAACACUUCUAUUAACUUGUCAAAACAAGACAGCUUUACUUCUGUUAAAAAACCUAAAAGAGAUGAUUCCAAGGACCUAGCUCUUUGCAGUAUGAUCCUGACUGAAAUGGAAACUCAUGAGGAUGCCUGGCCUUUUCUACUUCCUGUAAACUUGAAACUUGUUCCUGGUUAUAAGAAAGUUAUUAAGAAACCUAUGGAUUUUUCCACAAUUAGAGAGAAACUAAGUAGUGGACAGUAAGUAAAUCAUUCCCAUCAGUAAUUAUUUCUGGUAAAGGAAGCCUGAUAUGUACUGAACACUUUUCUGGUCAGCAUAGAAUACAUUAAUUAAUGGCAAAGACAUAGGCCUUGACUUUGGAAAGCUGUAUGUAUAUAUUUGGCUAAAGUAGGAUAGUAGGGGAGACAGAUCAAUUAAAACAUUGAAGCAGUUAAAAGGUGGUAUGAUAAACCUUCUUUUGACCACGUUGGAGGGGUACCAACCCAGACUAGGAGUAACGAAAAGUAUCAAGGAAGCUUCCCAAACAAAGUAGCAUGUAAUCUGGAACCAAAAAAUUAACCACUUGCUUUGUGAAUCAAUGGAAUAUUGACACCACCUCAUAUGGAUUUAAUAAAAAUUGACUAGAAUAUUUUCAGAUUAUCACAGUUGAGGAGUAGAAGAUAAUUAGAAAUUUUAAAUGUGAAAAAUCUUUAUUCUGGGUUGUUAGAGAAUGCUAAAAAUGCAUUCGUUAAAUAUGGAAGACAACUAUCAUUUACUCCUCUCCACCAUGUCCUCCUUGUGAUUCUAUCACAAAAGUAAAAAUGACUUCCUGGUCACAGUUAAUGCUUUCUGUUAGACCACUUCAAACUCUGAAGCCAGAGAGUAGCAGCUUUAAGAUGGUAGAAUUCAGUUGGUUCUGGCAAUGACCCACUUUGGAGCCACAAGAAUAAAGCGGUUCACUUAAAGAACAAGCCCAGACAAAGCCACUCCACAAGGGAGUAGCCAGAAGUUGUGGAGCUGCCUUCUCUCCUCCAUUCCUCCCUCUUCCUUUAUUGCUAUCUGCCAGUUUAGCUUAAUAUAACCUAAGCCCAUCAACUUUAGGCUGUCUUAAAAAAUAUGGAAAAAGGACUGUACAGUGAAAGAAUAAUUACAUAAUGUAUUUUAAAAAUACAUUGUUAUUGCUGUUGUUAUUGUUCAGUUUAUUAUUUAGUUCUUUCUGGUGUUCUUUUGGUGAAAAUUACUGUACUCUGUAAUUUAUGUUCAAUUUAGAAGAAUUGAGUAGAACUUCACUCACGGUGAUUGGUGUCCCUCUCAUGCAUAUCAAAUGAUCGACUAGAUUGACCAAAUGACUAAUUUAUUAAGGCUGAAAUAUCAGUCUUUCAAAUGAUCGUGUCUGCUUUGUUUUAUUUUCAAAAAAAUUACAGUAGGCACCUGCCCCAAUUCAGAAAACAUUUAAAACCAUUUAAACUAUUGGUUAUAAUAUGAACCAAACAGCCAAAGCUGCUGUCUAGAUACGGCCUAGUUCUGCUGCUUUUUCUGUCUUUCAAACUACUCAGGUGUUUAAGGGGACAACAUGAUUGACUUCAUAAUAAACAUGGCCAGGACAAAGACUUACGCAGGAAGACUUUACCAGUGUUUAAAUUAACUCUUGACUUUUAACUUCCAUGAUCCCGCAAUUCCUGGAUAGAGGGUGAACCUAACCAUCAAAAUCUCCAAAGUGAAGCCUUAGAAAUUAACAAAGAAUUACCAAAAGAGCCACAAAACUGGAGUUCUCUUUUAAGAAGGAGCCCUGGGAAAUGAUUGAGGUGGGGCACGGUGGAGGCAGGCAGAAAGGAAGCCAUUCUGUAUAAUUCUCUUUGUGAACCCAGCUGUGGGGGAGGCAAAACUCAUUGGAUUGAUCAGCUUCCUCUCUAAUUUCAAGUUGUUUAAUUAAACCCAAACUAAUGAGUUAGAGCCAAAACUCAUUAAUAGUAUUUCAAAUUUGUAAAGUAGAAAUUUAAAGACCUGAGAGGAGGAAGUACCUGCUUUAAUUAAUCUUUCUGGACUUCAUCAGCUGCCCCAACCCCAUAAAGGAAGGGCAUGAAUGUGGGUAUUAUCUCCCUAGAAUCUCAACUGGAAUUCUGCCCUACAUUUCAGUCUCUGUAGCAUCAACCAUUAACCUUUUCUUGUGGUAAGGAAGAGUCUGAAGAGAAAAAUAGUCCUCAAAGUGACUUUAAAAUAUUUUAUAAAAAUAUUUCCUACAUACAGUGUAUGAUUUCAUUAAUAUGAAAUAUCUAGUCUAGGUAAAUCUAUAGAGACAGAAAGAUUGAUUGUUGCCAGGAGCUGAGGUGAAAGGGGUGUGAAAAGGAACUCCUUAAUGGGCACAGGAGUCCCUUUUGGGGUGAUGAAAACGUUUUGAAACUAGAUAGAGGUGGUAGUUGCACAGCGUUGUGUGUACUAAAUGCCUCUGAAUUGUUUGCUUUAAAAUGGUUAAUUUUAUGUUAUGUGAAUUGUGCCUCAAUUAAAAAAAAAAAAA